GCCAACGGGAAGAUCUCCUGUGCCAUUGAGGACCAGCUAUCGUUCUCCCUCCGCCUGGCCUAUAAGAAUUACUAUGAGCUGGUGACUGUGAGCAUGCUGGACCGGGAGGAGAUGGCACAGUACAUCCUCCCUGUCACAGCAGCAGAUGCUGGGUCACCUCCACUCACGACCACCCAGACCUUCACGGUGGACAUCUCUGAUGUAAACGAUAAUGCCCCUGUGUUCAACCAGACAUCAUACACCAUGUACGUGCGUGAGAACAAUGUCCCCACGGCCCUCAUUGGAGCCGUCAACGCGUCUGAUGCCGAUGUGGGGCCCAAUGCCAAGGUGACCUAUUCCCUGGCACCAGCCCAGCCAACAGAGCAGCCUCCCUGCUCCUGCAUCUCUGUGAACUCUGAGAAUGGACACGUGUUUGUGCUGCGGCCCCUGGACUAUGAGCAG